AUGCAGAAGGCUGCUUACUAUGAAAACCCAGGACUCUUUGGAGGCUAUGGCUACAGCAAAGCUGCUGACACUUAUGGCUAUAGUGCCCCCCAUCAGCCUUAUCCAACCCCUGCUGCUGCCAGCUCCAUGGACACUGAUUACCCGGGCUCUGCCUGCUCCAUCCAGAGCUCUGCGCCUCUGCGAGCCCCAGCCCAUAAGGCAGCUGAACUCAAUGGAAGCUGCAUGAGGCCUGGCACUGGCAACAGCCAAGGUGGGGGUGGUGGCAGCCAUCCUCCAGGUCUGAACUCAGAGCAGCAGCCACCACAGCCCCCUCCACCACCACCGCCACCAGCCCUGCCCCCAUCCUCUCCCACCAACCCUGGAGGUGGAGUACCUGCCAAGAAGGCCAAGGGUGGGCCCAAUGCUUCUGGCUCCUCAGCCACCAUCAGCAAGCAGAUCUUUCCCUGGAUGAAAGAGUCCCGCCAGAACUCCAAGCAGAAGAACAGCUGUGCCACUGCAGGAGAGAGCUGCGAGGACAAGAGCCCGCCGGGCCCAGCGUCCAAGAGGGUGCGCACGGCGUACACAAGUGCACAGCUGGUGGAGCUGGAAAAGGAAUUCCACUUCAAUCGCUACUUGUGCCGGCCACGCCGCGUGGAGAUGGCCAACCUGCUGAACCUCACCGAGCGGCAGAUCAAGAUCUGGUUCCAGAACCGGCGCAUGAAGUACAAGAAGGACCAGAAGGCCAAGGGCAUCCUGCACUCGCCGGCGGGUCAGUCUCCGGAGCGCAGCCCGCCGCUCGGCGGCGCCGCGGGCCACGUGGCGUACUCAGGCCAGCUGCCACCCGUGCCCGGCCUGGCCUACGACGCGCCCUCGCCGCCCGCCUUCGCCAAAUCUCAGCCCAACAUGUACGGCUUGGCCGCCUACACGGCGCCGCUCAGCAGCUGCUUGCCUCAGCAGAAGCGCUACGCGGCGCCCGAGUUCGAGCCCCACCCCAUGGCGAGCAACGGCGGCGGCUUCGCCAGCGCCAACCUGCAGGGCAGCCCGGUGUACGUGGGCGGCAACUUCGUCGACUCCAUGGCGCCCGCGUCUGGCCCCGUGUUCAACCUGGGCCACCUCUCGCACCCCUCUUCGGCCAGCGUGGACUACAGUUGCGCCGCGCAGAUUCCCGGCAACCACCACCACGGACCGUGUGACCCUCAUCCCACCUACACAGAUCUCUCGGCCCACCACUCGUCUCAGGGACGCCUGCCCGAGGCCCCCAAACUGACGCAUCUGUAG